AUGGAUCCCUCACCGACCAGGAUCUCCAGAGACUCUGCCUCCUCAAUAGACGCUCUCAAGCAGGAUGUGCUAGGCCCCAGGACGGAGGGCUUGAGAAGCGCGUUGGCCCGGCUGAGGCAGCGCACUAGCAACAGCCAGAACUCGCCCGACCAUUCAACUGGGCUAUCCGUGAGUGGUUUGGGACGACUGUCUCUGGGAGGGGUCGCCAAGCAGCGGACGGCAGUGUUGCUGCAACGGUCGGGUCAACCCAUCACGACAACAACCCACUCGGCCCCGGGCUCUCCAUGUCUGUCAGUGUCCAGUGCCGAGUCGACCACCGACCUCAUCUCCACAGCCUCCAGUGCUCUGCGGCGCCUUCACUUCAAGUCGGCGGGUGGUUACCGGCGGAAGCCCGCUCCCUCCACUCAAGGUCUCCCCAAAGUUGUAAUUAUGGGAAGCGGCUCCGUCUCCGUAGAGAGCGUCACAAACUACAACAACACCAGCACGGACUCCUCCAACACCGUGAUCACCAUGGUGACCGUCACCGAUAGCGGAGAAACGGAGGACAGUUUUGACCAGCCGCCCGAGGAUACGAUGAGAAUAACCACUAACCUACUGGAGGAUAUGCUGGGCAACACUCCCGGCUCCUCGCUCGAGAAGGAGGACGAGUUCUUUUCCGCGUCCAGCACCGAGGAGCAGCCCAGGCCGUGCGAUGACGUCAAGAUGAUCUUCCAUGGUGUCGAAGAGGAGGAGGAUACGAACACGAUACUUCUACAGCACACCAAGAUACCGACCGAGGACACUAAAACUAUAGUAGAAGAGACGACCCUACCUGGCAUGACGUCAUCAGACCCAGCGCUGGAGUGGUAUAACAUUAAGAUGCGCCAGUCGUCUCUGCCUCAGAACAAGAACAAUAUGUCGACCAACAAAAGGCUCAAACUGUUGUCUAAGAGGUACGCCAAGAAUAACUUUGAAGAUGAGGGGAGAGGAAGGAAGCACGGAAGAAAUUCAUCGGGAUUUGCAGCUGAACAGAUGACGAUAGAGAGUGAGGAAGACCCUGCGGCAAACAACGCGUCCCCACCAGUACCUGACUCGCCCACUGCCAUAAUGCCUACCUACGAGCCCUCUAAAUCUCCACCGCCAAAAACAGAGACUGUUUUCACCUUCCCCGAAAUACUCCACGAAGAAGAAAAGAGGAAUGACAAGUCACCUUCUGUCAGCAAGAAGUUAAAAACUGAAAAGGACGCCUCCAAUGACUCUUGCAGAUCGGCACCCCCCGUGAGAGUGAACGCCACGGCAACAAUAGUAGUGCAACAGGCGUCCGUAACAGGAAACUCUCCGGAGUUCUCGGGUUCAGAGAGCAUCAGCCAGGAAUUCCCGGAUGGGGAGAAGAGGCCGUCCAAGAGGAAAGAGGACCAGUUUAAACAACUUCUGGAUGUUACAAACAACAUUACGAUACAGCAAAUGCACGAGUCCGGGUACAAGUACUGCAGUCCUCACCACAGCCGUUCCCAGUCAGUGAAGACACCCGGCUCCCGCUCUAACAUCCAGCAUCCUGGCGCUUCCAGACACAGGCCCAACUACUUGUGCCUGCCCCAGCAGCGGUCGCGGGUCGCCAGCAUGCCUAACACUGGCGUGGAGGAGGAGUACUACCGACUGCGGCAUUUCAGCAUCACCGGUAAAGGCGUGGUCAACCGCGGUGAUUCGCUCAAGAGUCGACGGUCUAGAAGUAACAACAGCGUAGCCAGCAGCAACUCCAGCCACAGCACUGAACACCUGACGACAGGUUGUGCCGUGGUGGGGGGAGGCUCCUACCCCGGCUCUGCCCGCACCUCGGCCACCACAUCUCUCGCUUCCUCCCGGGAGUCAUCCUGCGCUUCCUGCCCCGGUAUCACCGCUCCAUACCGCGUGGUCAUGCUGGGAUCCGCAGGGGUCGGCAAAUCCUCCCUUAUCUCCCAGUUCAUGACCUCGGAGUAUUUACAUGCCUACGACACCUCCAUUGACGACGAGUACGGAGAGAAGUCUGUCUCUGUGCUGCUGGAUGGGGAGGAGUCGGAGCUGACCUUCAUUGACCACCCAUCGUCCGAGAUGUCGCCAGAAGACUGUCUGUCGACGUACUCCUCUCCCCACGCAUUCUGCGUGGUGUACUCCACUUCUGACCGCAGCAGUUUCCAACAAGCUGAGCAAUCAUUGCAGUUUCUGUGGAAGACCGACGCCAUCCGCUCAAAAGCCGUCAUCCUCGUUGCCAAUAAGACUGACUUGGUUCGCAGCAGAGUCGUCUCUACGCAAGAUGGGAAAUUGAUGGCCACCGCCUACGACUGCAAGUUCAUCGAGACCUCGGUGGGUAUCAACCACAACGUGGACGAGUUGUUGGUGGGAAUACUCACCCAGAUCAGACUGAAGUUGGACAACCCGGCGGACGGUGGGCAGCAGUACGGAUCGAGGCGGCGCAGUCGAUCUCCCAUGGGCGUGGGACCGGGCUUUCGCAAGUACCGAGGUCAGCGUACAUCAGCCAGUCUGAAGGUCAAGGGCCUCCUCAGCAAAGUUUGGGCGAGAGAUUCCAAGUCCAAGUCUUGCGAGAACUUGCACGUUCUUUAGGUAUAGCUCUGCAAUGCUAAAGAAAUACAACAAUACACGUUUCAAGAUUUUGAUGUACUAAAAUAAUUAUGUAAACUUCAAAAACUGAAUUAAUCAUUUUUACUGUUGUUAGAUACGUAUAUAUUAAUUACAAAAUUGAAUUUAUAGCAUCGGUAUAUACAAAAUUUUGUUGGAGAAGAAACAUAUCUUUAUUUCUUUAACUUUAACUACAACAGGUUUAAAGGAGUUGAAAUUAUUUUUUUAGUCCUAAAUUUAUUUUCAAUCUAAAUAUAAAUACCCUAAAUAUAGUACUGCAAUUAGGGCCAGAGAAACUAAUCAAAGUUUAGUUUUUGACGUGCAUAAUUGAGGUGCCAUAACCUAGACAAGGUUUGUUGCAAACACGCGAAACGAACACACGAGUUAAGAACAAACACACAACACCGCACACAAUGAGUUUCACACAUGACCUUAAUCAAGCCAUAUUAAUUUGUGUUCGUUUCAGAUGUUUAUAAAACCUUCUUUGUUUUGGCAUUUUAAUGAUCUUCUAACUUAUAUUACUCAUUUAACUUUGAUUGUAGAUCCAUAUUUCAGGGUUCGUAGCAUAUAAAGACGUCACUUUAUAGAUCUUGAACUGUCGGGAUUUUAUAUGUUUAACGAUAAUAAAUUCUAUUGCGUAGGAAAUCAAUAAUUCAUUACAACUAUAGGGUCUAAUACGUGAAAAUAGAAUGUGGAAACGAAGCAAGGUACUGAAGCAAUAUUUUAUGCAGUUUUCCACUUUGCUUACUUGCAGCUGACAGGCAACUCAUGAUUAAUAACUAAUUAAUUUUGCUUGAUGCCAAGAACUAAUAAAAAUAUACAAAUCGUUGUGUUACUGUAUGACUAACGAAAUACAAAUAUUGUAUGUUCCUGGGAGAGGACCGACAAGGGCGUCUUGUAUAUCUCAUCUCCUGCCAAACGAUUGUCUAUGCAAUAAACUGGUGCUACUGCGACACAAUUCACUGACGUAUCGAUGUAAAUAGUAGAGGUAAUAUGUCUUACCGGCCCUUUAGAACAUUUCAUAGCGAUUGCAUCCUCAUUUGAUAGGAUUCAAAUUAUUGAAACUGAAUAAGAGCUUUAAUAGUGGAUUAUACAUAAUGGUUAGAAAAGUACAAGAGCCAUAUCAUUAUUAAAAAUAUGUCUUUAUAUGAACUUAGUAAUUUUGUGUUUACUUUUAGUAUACUCGAGUGAUUUUCGAGAUGAUUUUUCAUUAACAAGAAUGAAUGCAAAAUUAUAAGGACAGAUUCUAUGAUAGAGGUUCUGUCACUUUUUUCUUAUACGUGCUGAAAUAUGGUUUUUCAGGGCACAUUUUAUAGAUUACGUGUGAUGCUGUUCGAAAUAGAUAAGAGAUAAAGCGAUGUAAAAAAGUACAACACAAUGAGACAGAGAAAUUUUAGAUAGACUAGUAUAGAAAGUUAUCUUAUAAAAUUGGCAGUACGAAAUACAAAGACUGGUCGAAAAUAUUAUAAGAUAGGUUAUAGUAAAACGUUAAAGACGGAAGACCAAGAAAGAUUAAGAAAAGCUCCAAUAUAUAAUAUCGGCAAAAUAGAGAUGGAGACACACCAAAAGACAUUGAGAGAGAGCAUCUAUAUAUAAUAAUGGCAUGCUAGGCAUGACGGACCAAUUGGUCAAAGCGCCAAUAUACUCCUAUAAUAGCGAUAGGUUACACUGUCGAAGAGUAAGAAGUAUCGUUAGUGGCUUUAAGCGGAUAUAAAUAUACAAUAUAAAUUCGCUAUAACACACGGAGUAAAAGGGGGAAGAAACCGAGCUGCGCGGAAUGAUUGAAACAAGUGAUGGGUCUGAGUAAAGAGUGAGAGACCUCAUCUCAAGAAGUUUGAUCAAAAGUAAUAGUUUUAAGAACAAGGGAGAGUUCAUAGUUUCAAAGUUUGAUUCAAGUGAUAGUUCUGAAUAAGAAGAAAAAGUUUUGUUAGUCUCAAGUGCGUGAUGUUUGAUACAAGUGAGAGUACCUAAAUACCUUCUUGUUUACCCUUGGCCAGCACUGCUGGAUUAGCUGCCUCAAAACUAAGCAAAAACUCAUUUUUAUUGACUCUUCUCUUCUCAGUGAUGGAGUAUAAUGGAUCCUCCUUAAUUCAGGACUAGUCUCCGCUUGAAGUUGCAACACUCUUAUUCAUUUACCCCAACCCUGAAGAGCAUUGUAUAGCCUAAUCACGAGAGCCGGAAAUAAAUCUUUCCUCUUGCUUAGCCUACAGUGCGGAACAUCUAUAUUGCGGAACAUCUCUCUGCGGGUGUUGCUUAUGUGUAUGUCUUCUCUUUUUACAAAUUGUCUUAAAUUUGCCUUAACUUUUAGCAGACUAUUUAAAAUGUACUGAUGGAAGAUUCUAGGACUACCUAUCUCAACAAAAGUAGGCCUACAAUGGUCACAAAUACGCAGAGCCUUCUUCUGGAGGACCAAGGAUUUCUUCACACCCUAAGGCAUGGCCCCAGACUUUCAGGUUGUAUAUGAUGUGGUUGUAAAAUAGUGCUUAGUACACCGAUAUCAGAUACUCUUUAGAAAGCACCGGUAUCAGCCUGUGCAACAAAGAAGUGACCCGUGCCAAUUUUGACCAGACGUUUUUAAUACGUCCUUUCCAUGCUAUUUUCCCAUCCUAGGUCAAAUCUAGCAAUUAGAUCUGCUUAAGAGCAUAGUGUUCCCUGUAUUUCAGAUUACCAAUUAUCUCCUGUGUUCUUCGUUUAAACAGCCUAUUUACCGUUAUCUAAUCUUUCAUAGGUUGAAACAAAAUCAGAACAGAUGCUUAUGCAAAACGAGGUGUAUUUCCUUAUGAACAAAAACAAAGUAUAAAGUAUCGUCUGAAAAAACAAAAUCCUUAUCAGUCAUUUAUCAUGACAAGAAAAUAGAGAUCUGCAGGACACCAUGUUUUCUGGUAGCGGCUGCUAAUUUGCUCCAUUAACAGUCAUCACUUACUUUUUGCUUUGUAAGUAAGAACGGAUUGACGACAGAAUUUCACCACGAACUCCAUAGUUCACUAAUUUGUCGAUAAGAAUGUCGUGUGGCACACAAUCUGAGGCAUUACUUAGAUCACCCAAAUUAAGGCCAUCGAUUUCUUCUCCGCAAAAGAAUUCCAAACUUCGUGAACAAAGGGCUCAUAGCAGAGGCGGAGGCCCUACUACUUGUAA